AUGGGAUUACUGAUAGAGGGAACUGGAACUGGAACUGGAAUUGACCAGUCCUCUGCAGAGUAUGCUCGUCCAGGACCAUAUGUUAUACAACUGGCAAGUUGUCGCGUCAGAGCCAUACUUCAUCCGUGCCGCAAAGAUCAACACGCCGCUCUUCUAAAAUUCAAGAAACCACUCACUCUAGAUCCCUCAUUAGUUACUUGUAGUUCCUACUCUUAUACGAGUUCAUGGAAUAGGAGCAGAGAUUGUUGCUCGUGGGAUGGAGUCAUAUGUGAUGAGAUGUCUGGCCAUAUGAUUGAACUUAAUCUCAGUUCCAGUGGUCUUGUAGGAAAGAUUGAUUCCAAUAACAGCCUCUUCCAACUCUCUCGUCUUCAAAGGCUCGACCUUUCUUCUAAUAACUUCUCUAAUUCUCACAUCUUGCCUGAACUUCGAAGGUUCUUGAGCUUGACACUUCUUGAUCUUUCUGACUCCUAUUUCUCAGGUCAUAUCCCCUCUGAAAUCUCUCGUCUUUCUCAAUUACAGUCUCUUCAUUUCUCCCCGUCAUUUGAAACUAUUCUAAGACUCAUAGCCCAUGAUUUGAAAUUGCUCUUUGAGAAUUUGACUCAAUUAAGAGAACUUGAGGGGGCAAUUCCGCAAUGUUUGGGUAAUAUCAAUGGCCUCGAGGUUCUGGAUAUGCACCACAACAGUCUAUCAGGGACUCUUCCAAUGACUUUUACAAUUGGAAGUGCACUCAAAAGCUUCAACUUUUAUGGCAAUAAGCUGGAGGAAAAAUCCCACAAUCCUUGA